AUACGGAUGUGUUACUUCGCUUGUAUUGUCCAUAAAGGGGCUAUAUCUUUCAAUAUAACAGUUCUGUUCAAAAACGCAAUGAAUUGUUUUAACAAUAGCCACAAGACGGCUUUUGCCUUAGGGAGCAACUUCUCAGAACACUGUGUUCUUGUAUAAGGCUUCGAACCUACUACUUAAGCAUCUUGCCUGUUUUGUUUCGAAGCCCUGGCUGACAUUUUCUAACAGACGAAAAAACUAUUGGACUCACUGUUCCACAAAUAAAAGAUCCUCAUCAUCCUGUCUAUGUAUAGAAGCCUUGCAUUGUGCCUAGGGUCUGAAGUUAAUCAGUUUAUGGUGUCAGCGUAUUCAUUAACAAACACAUCAGGGUUUUCUCAGUAAAAGCCUAGAGUAACAGUAUGCAAAGAUGUAGUGUUGAUAUGCUUCUAGUCUGCUGUUUCCUCUUGGCAAUUUUCUCAUGGAUCACAUGUCACACCAAUCCUGCACUUGUUUUUGACGUUUAUUUCCCCUAUCCCAGACAUCUUUGCUCAAACAAUGGUAGGAAAAGGGUCACUAAUAUUUCCUGCAACAGGACCUCUCCUGUACCAGAUCCGCCUCAAGAGUUUGGGCUGUGCUGUGAGGUGAGCCAAGGGGACUCUCCCAUGUGUUUGUGUGGAACUGAUUAUGCUGCUGCUGGUAGCACUGGCCAUGGUCUGUACUCCCACUGUGGUGUCAGCUGAGGAGGCUGUGAACACCAGCCGCAAACCACUGCUCAACUACAGCAGCCUUGCGCUGCCCCGGCACCACAUCCCCUACUUCCUCCACAGUAACCAGAGAGUGGCCAGGCUCUGUCGAGAGGACCCGCUCUGCCCUUUUAAAGAUGCCAUGCUGGAUAUGUCGCCCUGCUGGGGGUAUGAGAAGAACUGUGCCCCAGAGAACCGCUUUGGCUAUCCUGUCUGCACCAGGGUUGAUUCUGGAUGGGCCAGUUCACUGGAUGCAGCCCAGGAGCUUUUCUGGAAACAGGCAGACUUUGGUUAUGUCAGGGAGCGCCUCAGUGAGAUGAAGACUCUCUGCAAGGCCACCAAUCCUGGAGAGUCGUCUUUAAAAUGCACCAGCCACACUCGCUUCUGCAGGGCGACCAACCUGUACCUUGACCUGAGAAACCCUCGCAGGGGUCAUGAGAGGUAUAAGGAGGACUUUCUCCAGACAGGGGAGAUUGGUGGGCGCUGCAGUCUGGACAGCCGAGCACUGGCCGCAGAAGGAGAGCACAAGAGCCCCCUACAGUCUUGGUUUGCUGAGCUACAGACCUACACGGAGUUAGACUUCAACCCCGCCCAUGGAGACCACUGUGACAUUGUUAUGGAGAAGCCUACAGUUUUCAUGAAGCUUGACGCAGGGGUGAACAUGUACCAUCACUUCUGUGACUUUGUCAACUUGUACAUCUCCCAGCACAUCAACAACUCCUUCAGCAGAGACAUCCGCAUCCUCAUGUGGGACACUAGUGCUUAUGGAUAUGGUGAUCUGUUCAGUGAGACAUGGAAGGCUUUCUCUGACUACGAUAUCAUCCCUCUGAAAACAUUUGACAGUAAUAGGGUGUGCUUCAAAGAUGUGGUGUUUUCCCUGUUACCCAGGAUGAGGUAUGGAUUGUUCUAUAAUACACCUCUGAUAUCUAACUGCCACAGUGAAGGGAUGUUCAGGGCGUUCUCGGAGCAUGUCCUGUAUCGACUCGGUAUUUCACAGAAUGGUCCCAAGGUGGGGACAGUCCGUGUCACGUUGUUAGCACGCAGCACAGACUACCGUAAGAUAUUAAACCAGCAGGAGCUCGUGAACGCCCUGAAGACUGUGCCUUCACUAGAGGUCAGAGUGGUAGAUUACAAAUACAGAGACAUUCCAUUCCUGGAGCAACUCAGUAUUACCCACAACUCUGACAUCUUCAUCGGGAUUCACGGGGCGGGACUUACCCACCUGCUCUUCCUCCCUGACUGGGCUGUUGUAUUUGAGCUAUAUAACUGUCAGGAUGAGAGCUGCUAUCGAGAUCUGGCUCGGCUCCGGGGGAUCCGAUAUGUGACUUGGCAGAAAAGGGACAAAGUGUUCCCAGAGGAUAAGGGUCACCAUCCCUCCCUGGGGGAGCAUCCGAAGUUCACAAACUACUCCUUUGACGUGGAGGAGUUCAUGCGCCUGGUGCUGAAUGCGGCAGACCACGUCCUGAAACACCCCAAAUGGCAACCCCGGCCUGGCCGUGAUGAACUGUAAGCCUGCAGCAAUGGCAGACCCCAAGACCGUCUGGUGGAGUCCAACACGAGACUAAAACAGAUGUCUUAAGCAUUUUAUAACCACGCGUGACUGAUAUCGUUGUUAAGUGUAGGUUUGCAGCUAUUUAUUUUCUUUUUAACACAGCCCAGCGUGCAUCUCAAUAGCAAUAAUAAUGAGAAGUCUGUUCAAUGUAUAUUCCAUGCUGCCACCGUUGCCAGAAAUAUUAUUUAUUUACUUCCCAAAACACGAUGCAUAUUUUCUGAUCCAUGUGAUGUUGAGGAAGGGAAGGAACGUUCAACGUGUUGCUCAUGAAACAUUUCAGAAAGGGAAAACAUAAACUAUCGAAAUACUGAAGAUGGGUGUUUUAUUUAUUAUUAAAAGUGAGUCAGAUCUUUUGGUCUAUGUUUUGACUUGAAAUGUGUUUUAUUGUUCAAAGCUGUAUGGUAACAUUUGAAAUAAAACAUGCUUAAACCUC